GGAGGAGAAGGUGGUGGUGGAGGAGGAUGACCAGAAGGAAGAGAUGGUGGAGGAGGAUGAGAAGGUGGAGGAGAUGCAGCCGGAGCAGACGUCUCCUCCAGAGGAUCUGAUGGAGACCUCAGGUCUUUCAGACUUUGUGGAGCGUCAUCUGUUUGGUGACGACUUGUCUCUCACCCGCUCUGGCAUACACGAGGACAGCUGGACCUCCAUCAACAGUGACCCUGCGUCCGGUGAGGGAGAGGAACCGGUGCCUGAGCCUCCCCGGGCCCUGACCACCCAGACGUCCGUCUCCUCGGGCCCCACAGGGACAGACUCCCAGUCUGUGGUCAGUCUGAAUGACAGCGAGUACCUCUCCAGCCCUUCCUCUGAGGAGGAGGAGGAAGAGGAGGAUGAGGAGGAGGGGUCAGACGCUCCGGAAGAAGAAGAAGAGGAGGAGGAGGAUUCUGGCAGUGAGGUGGAAAUCAUUGAGGAGGUGGCGGGAAACUGGGGUCCAAACUCCAGGCUCUUCGCAGAACGACCCGCUCCUCGUUACCCUCCUGACAUAUCAGAGCAGGACGCCGCUGUGCUCUCAUUGGUCACAUCCGAGGCAGGCCUAAAACAACAGGAGGAGGAGGUGUUCAUCGUGAGGCUGGGCACAGGAGGAGCUGAGGAGGAGAGGGUGCCUUCCUGCUACACCCAGCUGAAGUCCUCCUCCACCCUCCUGGUGCCCUUGGAGCUGGUGGAGGAUCCGGGGCAGGCCCUGAUCCACCAGGCCCAGACGGUGCUCACUACCCUGGUGCACGGGGUCGAGCCAGAGGGCCCCACCUCCGGAGCUCAGGGCUUCUCCCUGAUGCUUGAGGAGGAUGAGGAUGUGGACCCGGAUGCAGACACGCUACCUCUGGAGACCGGUGUGGAGCCCAGCCACGCGGCAGACGCUCUGGCCCAGCCUGAAGUCCUUUUCCUGGGCACGGAGGAGCUGCAGAGGCCCCUGGAGGGUCAAGAGACAGACAUGGUCACCCUGGAGAGGAUGGAAGAUGUCUGUGAAGAAGCAGAGGCAGUGGUGGAGACUGAGGCAGUAAAAGAGGCAGGGAGAGAGGGAGAAGCAGAGGGAGUGGGAGAGGCAGAGGUAGAGAUGGAGGCAGGGAGAGAGGGAGAGGUAGAUGAAGAGACAGAGCCCCCACCUCCCCUUCCUGCAGCUCCCCAGGAGGAGAAGCCCAUGCAGGAGGAAAUGACCUCAUAUGGAGAGAUGAACUCCACUGAAGCUGAGUUCCAGUCAGACCUCCUGUCCUCCGGCCCAGCAGAGACCAGCCCCAAUCCCAGCCUCGGUCCCAGCCAGGUCAAGCAGGAUCCAGAACUGGUCCAGACAGCCGUUGAUGGCGAGGUGGAGAGCGGCGAGGUGGAGAGCGGCGAGGUGGAGAGCGGCGAGGUGCAGGCGGAGACUGUGGUGGACUCCCUCCCAGCCACCCUGGCUCCCUCCACCCCUCCACGCAAAACCAGGGCCUCCGUGACGAGCAGAAACACCCCCCUUGCCCCCCCUAGCACACGCAGGAGGGGCCGCCCCCCUGCUACACCCCACCCCCCCGCCUUGACCCUCCCACCUGCCCCUCCUGGGGCGGAGGUCGAUCUCUGCACCCCCACCCCAGCUAAACGCCGAAGGAGAGUAGCGCCUCCAGGGACGGCUGAGACUCCUCCCCCCUCUGAGGCUCCGCCCCCCGCUGAGGCUCCUCCCUCCUCUCGUACCAGACGAGCCACACGGGAUCAGGGCGAGGCAGGAGGCGAGGUUGAUGGCAAGAGGGUUCCCAGGGGCAGCAGGAAGAGACUCACCAACCCCACCCCGCCCCUCCCCAAAGCCCUCCGGACAGCAGAGGACGGCCUGCCCCUCCGCAUGAACCUCCGCUACAAACGCAUCCUGGACUCCAUCCUGCCCAAGCCAGUCACACGCAGGAGGAAGCUAUGA